UCGCCGAGCGGGAAGAAGGUGGCCAGCGCGAGGUUGCUCGUCGACGCGCGCCUACCUACACACCGGCAACCAGCUGCGCGCGUGUCCGUCCCAACGACGAACGACGAGGCUCGCUCGUUCAACUCUCGCGCGGUCGAAGGAACACCGGAGGUAGAAGCCGGAGAAGGAGGAGGUGGUCCGUCGAUCGGGCUGCGAAACCAGAGGAAACGGUGUGUGCCACCGAUUGUGCGUUGCGCAAAGAGAAGUGGAGGGAAGCUCCGAGCGCGCGGACAAUCCAGGAGACUGGUGCCUGGAGAGGAGUUUCGAGCUAGCUACGGCAACGACGACGGCGCACCGCUACGAAGUGGGGAGCCAGAGAACGCUUCGUGACAACUGGGUGACGGCUGCGUGGAUACACGCCGCUACAGUGAUGCAAGGUGCUCUUCUACGCGAUAAGUGGUGACGUCGACAGAAGCACUAGCACCGGCUGGCCGACUCGACUCGACUCGACUCGACUCGACUCGACUCGCGUCGCCCCGCGGGUGUGCUCCUUUACUACCAACCCGCCGCUCUGACCCGAUCACCUUUCCACAUUCUUCCUCUAUUCUUCUCCCUCGCUCUCAACCCACUACCUCUUACCUCUUACCGUGUGUGUACUCUGAAGAUUACCCGAACGUCUCGAAGACCCGGACUGUCCCGAUGAGUGACAUAGAACGACGCGUUACUCGGUCAGUUGUCGAACUCUUCGAACCAACGAGAUGGAACAUGGUGUCUGAGAGUUGGUACACCUUGGAGCCUGAGCUGUGACCGCGAGGAUGCUUCUUGGAGAAAAGCCUAGCCCGUGUGAACUACAGGACCCGUUGUGGGUCAAAAUGAGUGCGAUUACUGGCAGCAUCACCAAGAAAAGAAAGAAAUCCGAUGCCAAGCCUCAGUCGCAGAUUAACAAGUGCCUUAACGAAAAAAGACGACGGAACCAGGAGAACCUGUUUAUCGAUGAGCUUGCCGAGCUGAUUUCCGUCACGGACAUGAGCUCUGGCAAGACUGACAAACGCCAGAUCCUUCAGAGAACCGUCGACCAGAUUCGGCACAUUAGGCAACAGGAAGGCUCGAAUAGUCAUGCCGUUCAACAGGGGGAAGUGUCUUCAUCGAAUCCUAACAUACUGUCCAACGAUCAAGUUGGUCCUAUUUUACUCGAGGCGUUAGAUGGCUUUCUGUUUGUUGUAAAUACGGAGGGACGAGUGGAGUACGUAACGGAUAACGUAACACAAUAUAUAAAUUAUACGAAGGACGAUGUGCUCGGCAAGGAUAUUUAUAAUAUUAUUCAUCAUGGAGACCACAACACCUUCAUGCCUAGCUUGUGCCCUGUGUCAUUAGGCUGGACGAGCGAGCCGCAGCCCCAAACGAGGAAUCGUACCUUCAAUUGCCGCUUCUUGGUGAAGCCUCCUGAUGAUAAAGAAGAGACUAUGGAAGAGAAGCAGCAACGAGUAUCGAAAUACGAGUCUAUGCAGAUCUGUUCAGCUCUUUUGCCAAGUAAUAGCGAUCGUCUGGAGAGCGGUGACGUAUCAUCCGAAUCCUCGGACAUCGGUCCUUGCGUAAUGUGCGUGGCUCGCAGGAUACCACCGAACGAGAAACCGAUUGGUACCCCCAUCGAGCAGUUCACUGUCAAGCUGGACACCGCGGGCAAGAUUAUCGCGGUUGAUGUCAGCUGGCUGUCGCCCCCUUACUCCAAGUACCUAAGCAAGGUAAGGGACCUGAUUGGCACUACAAUAAAGGAUGUGUGCCACCCUCAUGAUCUCAGUAAGCUAACUGCACAUUUGAACGAUACGCUUCAAGUCGGUGAGAGUACCAGCGGUGUGUACCGGCUACGCGUUAGUCCUGAUAAGUUCCUUAACAUUCAAACAAAGUCAAAACUUUUCAAAGCAAAUGUGAUGAAUACACACGAUACCGACUUCAUUAUGGCCACCAAUUCCAUCAUCGGGGACAAUGACUUAACGCCUAUCGAGGGUGGUCAGCUUUCCAACAACAAAGUGUGCUCUGGACACUCUAGUAACCGUUGUGCGAAUAAUAGUAAUAAUAAUAAUGGUAACAAUAACAAUAACGUGGGUGGCCCGCUGAUGUCCGUGGCGCAUCUGAACGGUCAAGUGAGUGGUAUCAGUGGUCGGGGGUUGGCUGGUACGUCGUCGUCGUCGUCAGCGUCGUCGCAUGGCGGCGGUGUUGCGACAUCGUCGAACUCGAUAGUGUUUAGCGCGGGCGAGUCUUGCAACAACCCCCUGCCGUCGCUAAGUACAAGUAAUCCGUUCAACCACUUUUCGGGGAACAUGGACUUGGAAUUCGAGCUGUUCCCCAGUUCCACAUGGGACUUGGAUAGUAGCAGCGGGUGGGCAGAUAGGCCCGAAUCGAGAGCUAGCGGGCCACCAAAUUCACGACCACCUUCCCAGCCAGCCCCGACAUCUCCGAGUCCCCAGGGAACGUUCUCCUCUAAUUCAGCGGUGGCGCCUCACUGCAGUCCCAUGCGCGCGUUCAGCCCGACCUCAGGCAACGCAGCUCACACCUUCAGUAAUUCGUUCCCCUUCAGUCCGCUUCAGGAAUCACAGACGUCAUCCUUGACCAACAGCGGUGCUAGUAGUGUUAGUGCCAACGGGUCAGCUGCGCUUACCCCGAAACGUCAGGAUGAUGGGAAGACCGGAUGUUCGACCGGGAACAACCAAUCCCCCAUGGACACAAGCGGGAACGCGAGAAACAACUCGAGCAACGUGGCCGGGACCGCUACCACCGCCGGUCAACAACAGACCACCGUCGUCGGGGUGACCGCGACCGUUGUCGAAACUCAGAACAGUGUUGUGUCCACCGAGUCCGGUAGAUUGAGAAACUUAUUGACCAAGGGCGCUAGUGCUAGUGAGGACAGUCAGGACAAUACGAAUAACGAUUCCGAGAACCAAAAUAAGCAUAGGAUAUUAAAGACCUUGUUGAAUCAACAAGACGAGGACGAUUUUCAUCCGGAGCAUAAUAAUAAAGUGCGAACCAGUCCUAGUAACAUGCCGAAACCGAGCAUGGACCAUUCGAAAUCUUCGCUUGGAAAUAAUAUGCUGCUACAGUUAUUAAAUGAGAAAAACGAUGACGAGGAUGAAGAGGCUCGCGCCGGUUUCAAGAAACGGAACGAACUUUUGCAACAGCUCCUGAAAGACCAAGACGACGAGAGGAAAGUACAAGAGCAACAGUGCAAGUCACAGAAUCGGGAAGAAGAUCCUCUUUUGCGAAGUCUUGGCUUUCGAAACACCACGCCAUCCCCGUCUCAAUCGGGUGACAAUGUUGGUCUCGGUGGUUCGACCCAGGUCGGUCAGAAGAGACCCGGCGAGGAUGGCGAUUUAAACAUAGCUGUGAAACGUCCUAUGGACGGUUCGCACCAGGUAUCCUCAUCGGGUACGUCCACCAACACGACCAGUAAACUCUGGGAGAAGAACAAGAUGUUGGCUUCGUUGCUAGCUAAACAACCUCCUCAACCAACCACUAUCCCACCAAUACCUGCAUCUGUGAUAUCGGCAACGCCACAGGAUAAGCUGUUGCGCAUAGGAUUGAAGCCACAACAGCAGUCACAGCAGUCACAAUCACAGUCGCAACAGCAGCAACAGCAACAGCAGCAGCAGCAGCAGCAGCAACAACAACAGCAGCAACAGCAACAGCAGCAACCCUGGACGGGUGGUAGCAUGCAGUCGGUUGGUGGUAAUACGAUAACGACAACUGCAACUUCCGCGCGUACUCCUCUCCAAAGCCAGUCGAGACAACUACCUCGUCAAACAACCAAUACCUACCUCACUCAUAUGCUAAGUCAGCAACAAAGACCCCAAAUGGGUCAGAUGGAUUCGGAAUUUACGGGCAGCGGGGAGUAUCGUCAUACAAAUGCAGAUCCAACCGGUUGGGACAAUCAGUCAUCAGAUCCUGAUCUUUCCGAUAUUUUGGAUCAAGUGAUCGAAUUCGUACCAGACGAAGCUAUCACAGAUUCGUCUGCGAUAGCAAAUCUCUUAGAUGCGAUCGAAGCACCGCAGAACAACGCGUUGAACGAGAAGAUGGCGAUUAACGCGAUACAAAAGUCGUUGAUGUUAUUCGAGACUGCCGUAAAUCCAACGUCUUCCACCAUAACAAUUCCUGGCACACCUCCAGCUUACUCCACCACGUUGGUUACCACACCCGUAACGACGAGCCAUAGUUACCAACCACCGCCGAUGUAUCAACAACAGCCAAGGAUGAGGUUGAACACUCAGCCAGGUGUCAGACAAACGACCACUCAAUUCACGCAGCAGCAACAGUUACAGUUACAACAACAACGUACAAAAUUGAUACAACAACAACAGCAACAACAAUUGAAACAGAGGCUACUGCAACAACAACAACAGCAACAGUUACUUAUUCCUUCCAAUGCUACAGCUACGGACCAAAUUACCACCGGCAUUCAUAAUAUUGAUAACCUUCUGAACAAUACUGUUGCACCAAACGUGUCGUUACAGCGGUCGAGUGUCCCAGAUUCGCAAGUAUCUCCAGGUUAUGGGGGAUCCGUCCAGAUGCCUUCCGGUCACCGACUUGCCCACUCGUACUCACAUCCUUCAACGUUACCACAGCACCCCAUUGUAAACAAUAAUUUUAACAGUGGUCAACAAGUGUCCGCCGCAGCUCGACUGUCACCGCAUUCUCCCGCUGGUAUCUUAUCGUUCACUCAUCCACAGCCGUUGUCACCACGGGUGACGCAAGGCAACUAUGGUAAUACCCCGAGAUUAUUCAACGUUAACCAGGUGAGAUCGCAGCAACAGCCCACCGUGCAGCAGCAGCUGCAGCAACAACAGAGAUCGAUGCCGUCGCCGGGUACUCCAGCGUCUGCACGACAAUCUCCGUUUCCGGCGGAAACCUUUCCUCCACCCACCUCUCCUACAGCCAGCCAAUUUCCACCCGGUCCUAAUCCUGGCGCACCGAAUCCUUCUGCCCAAUAUCGGUUGCAACGGACCACGUCUACGCCUUCAGCUACGACUCAGUUGCCAGGUGGGGUCGGUUCGCCCCGGCACUACGGCGGAGUGAGUAAGGAACAACCUCUUCUUUCACCUAGUCAUCCACAUUCGGGUUGCAACCCGGCAACACCGACUCACAAUCAACACAACGUAACGAAUACCCAACAACACUUCUCCAACCAACAACAUUCUUCUAUGAUAUACCACACGACAGCCAAUACUAUCAACACAGCUGACAUGCAGAACAAUCAGUUCUGUUACGAUCGGACGUCUGUUCCACUCUAUUCGUCAGGGCCUGGGGACACGCAGGAUGCCAGGCCUCUGCCUCCCGGUAAUCCUGUCAAUCACCAAUUGGGUGGAAAUGCCAGCAGCACGUCCGAGUUCGUGAGGCAAGAAUUGAGAGCGAUCGUUGGCGCAAGAACGCAACAACAACAACAACAAAGGGUACCUAACAACAUUCAAAAUAACCUUUCUGGUCAAGUAUCUCAGGAUGAUCUUGAUGCACUUGGUCUGACGUACGAGAUGUCUCCUGCAGGUGAGGCUGUGGUUAGCGAUGGCCCUGCAAAGAGCUGGGCCAUUGGGAGUGCCGGAGGUGCCCCCUCGUCCUCCAGGACUUCUAUGGAGGAAGUGGCUCGAGGUGAUCCAAAGGUGAACCAAUCGUCGCUGUUACAGAAACUGUUGUCCGAGUGACUGCAGGCCAACGGUUUGCAGACUAAAGGGAUCUAUGUAAUAUACGUUUGAAGCUAGAAACGUGAAAAGAAAAAAGUAAGCAACACCGGGUUACAUACGGUGUUGAAGGAAAUCUGUGAAGUGAAGAAUCGAUCCGCGUGUGUACGACGCAGAAUAUACACCCUAUUAUACGUAAUGGAUACUAAUUGUAUUAUAUGUAAAACGCCGCAACAUACACAGACACAUACACUCACGAGCACACUGACACACGAACAGAUACACAGACGAAGUCAGUAUUCAGACACGUAUCACCAAAUACAAAAUUGCGAGAAAAUUUAGGCCGCUACCCCGUGCUCUCCGUGGCUUUAUACGCGCUGGAACAAGUGAAAUUCCAAAGGAAUAAGGGCAGUCGUUAAAAGAAAAAAGGAAAAAGGUACAGCCAAAAAGGGGCUUUCUAGAAGCGGGUCCAGCGCGUAGAUUUUAUAUCUUGCUCCGAAAGCUCGAAGGACCAAAAAGUUUCCGGUUUCCCGUUUCAGUUGUACCGAACCAGUCUCGAUGAUCUUGGCAAAUUGUCUUCGAUUUCGGAUAGAUGUAUCACAGUCUGUAGAACGAUCGUGGAGGUGGCAUGGAUCGAGAUCGAGCAACUGGAUCGUGGAUCGGCAUCCGUAUCUCGAGAGAGAAAUGGGGAACGCAUUGAAUUCGAAAAGAUGAAAGAAAUAGUUCGCGGAGAGCACGUGGCGUUAAAGUGUGAUGCCGAUUAUUUUAUAUAUAUAUAUAGAUAUAUAAAUAUAAAAGGAUUGAAAGAAAGAAAGAAAUGCCUUUCUCGGGGCAUCCCAGCUUCGGACGAUAUUCGAGUAUAAAUAUAUAUAAAUAUAUAAAUAUAAAUAUAAAUAUAAAUAUAAAUAUAUUAUAUAUAUGAAAAUAUAAAUAUAAAUAUAAAUAUAAAUAUAAUACCGACACGAUUGGACUGACGGUCGCCUGUAAUCCGAUUGAAAGGGUUGUCACGCGUUUACCGUCAGUAUUGUAUUUGGUAUCACUGAAAGAAACUACGUAGGUACCUCAAAGGUAUACUUUACUAUACCACUGGCUGUUGAACAUAGAACUAUUUAUAGGUUUAAUUAUUGUACACAAGAGGAUGAUGAGAAGAUGACGAAGAUAAGAAAAAAGCAAAUAGAGCACUAUUUCACGUAUUCUCUUAAUUUAAUGAUCCUUUUUGACUAUUACAUUUAUGAAUAAUAUAUUUGUGAUUGUAAGAAUCUGCAACCAAAAUGUGACAAAGAAUACUUGUUGUUGUUAAUAUGAUUAUAACUAUUAUUAUUAUUAUUAAUAUUAUUAUUUUAUUAUUAUUAUUAUUAUUAUUAUUAUUAUUGACAUCAUCAUUAUCACUAUUACCAAUAUUCUUGUUGCAAUUACUAUAUUAUUAUAAUAUUAAGGAUUAUUAUUAUUAUUAUUAUUAUUAUUAUUAUUUUAUUAAUAUUAUUGUAAUAAUAAUUAUUAUUAUAUCGAUAUUGAUAUUAUUGAACACUUGGAAUAUGCAUAUUUCUAUUCAAUAGUAAGAGUACCUUUAUAUACAUACACAUUGUAUACAAAGUAUGAUUGUAUAAAUGUAUAUGUAUGUAUAUGUGUAUAGGAAUUUAUAUAGCGUGUUAUAUAUAAUUAAUUUUAUCCGAUUACUUAUAUAUAAUCGGUAUAUAAAUUUACGGUAUAUUUAUAUAUGUAUACGUGUGAAGAUGAAAAGGAAAAAAAUAAGAUAACGAAGAUCAAUCCUUCUAUUUUGCAUAGCUCGAUAAUUCUCCUUUGAGUCUUUAGAAGUGCACACUAAAAAUUACUUCUCGAACAUCUGUUGUUGCAUUGAUCGAAUCGUGGGAAGGAAGAACAAAAAAAAAAAACGAUAUAUAAAAAUGGAGUGAAUCGAGAGAGAGAGAUAUAGAGAGAGAAAGAGAGUUGGAAAGAAACGUUGGGCAGAAAUACGUCUAAUUCACGUUUAUUCGUAUAUGUAUAUACACACGCCGCGCGACACAAAAGAAUCGGCGUGUAUAUAUGUAUAUUAUUUACAUGCAUAUGAAAGAAAUCUCACGCAAGUGUCUUAUUUUUCCAGGAUGUUCACCGAUGAUUAUUGAAACGAAAGAAAGAUUAAAAAAGAGUAAAAAAAAGUGAAAGAAAAUGAAGCAAGAUGAUAAAACGACGAAAGAAAAAGUUGGAAGAAAUUGCCACGAGGUAAACACGCGCGAGAACCCGUCGAUCUCUUCUUUGCGAUCGACGAGUUCCGAUCGGAUCCAUGUCGACGAUGGACGAGCGAUUGGUUCGUUUCCCUCGCGACAUAAAUCCCUAGCCAGAACACGUUAGAAACUUUGUUCUUUCCUUUUUACGCGACCGUGUCCCCUAUAGAUCAUAGUUGUUCUUUUUAAAACGCGUUAUCUUUUUAUACCUAAAUUGCACGUGGUUGCAUUAGUGUUUGACGAUGAAUUUUUACUAUUCUCCCCGGUGUUCUUUUUUUGUCUGUUUUUAUUUUUAUUUUUUAUUUCUCUUUCUAUAUGUAUGUAGUGUCGUUUUCUUUUUCAUUGAAACGGGGAGUGAUCGUUGAUCGGGUUUAACGCGAUCGAGCGUUUUGAACGAACGAUGAAUUCGUUUUCUUUUUUUUUGCUUAUUAUUACGGUUAUUUCUUUUUUUUUUUUAGUUUCAAUUUUAUUGAUCGUUUUAGCGACUAAUGGAUCUUAUUAUCGAGAAACGUUAACGUUUUUAAGGAUACAUUUGUUUAGAUCGUAAGGAUUCGGGGUUGAUAAAAGAACGAUCGGAAGACAAAGUACCCAAGUGAAAGAUGUACACGUUACAAGAUGAACGAAAGCGAAAGAAUGAAGUAGAAGUAUAUAUAUAUAUAUAUAUUAUCUACAUAUAAAUGUAUAUGAAUAAAGGAGAUAAAAAAUGAUUUUGUGACACGAAGAUAUUUUCUCGCGAGGUAGACGAUGCGGCAUUACUGUGAUGACACUGGCCUGCUCAUCUCUGUUGCACUUUCUUCCAAUUAUUCGAGCAGUUACAAAGUUUUGCGUAAUAUAAAAAAAAUGAUAAAAAAAAAUACCCUGUAAAACACAUUCGUGAGGUACUCUGAAUAUGUACACGUGCAUACAUAGACAUGUAUACUCGUUUCGUUAGUCGUGCGUCGCCGUUCACACAGUGACGUAAUGUGUAUGUGUGUGUGUGUGUGUGGCGGACACGCGCGCCCACGUACGUGUGUAUGUAUGCCCGCGCGCGUGUGUGUAUGUAAAUGUAUGCCUGCAUGUGUAUAAGUACGUAUGAUUUGCGCGUGUGUGUAUGUGUGUGCUUACGCGUGCGUGCGCUACAGAAUGAAUGGUUUCACAUGUGUGCGUGCGGCUCUGAGUGUAUUUUUUUUCUCCUUGUGCGUGCGUGCGCUCGUAGGCACGCUUGUACGCGUGUGUGCGUAGUGAAUUACGUCAUAUAGAUAGAUCAUAUGUGCUUUCUAAUGAUGAAUAAUUUUAUAAAUAUAAAUAUAAUAUCGA